AUGGCAUCGAUUACUUUCACGGGGGGCGUUAACCAUGGACUUCAGGUUGAAAACAACUAUAGUCCCGUUGAAGCACGUUUCUAUGCUCAAAAUCAAACUACUGAAGAUAUCGAUCGGCUUUGCCUCCACAAGCUACUCCCUCAAUCAUUCCAAUGGAUUCUUCAAGACCCAGAGUACCGGGGUUGGCGAGAUGGAGAAGAUGCCUGUCUGCUAUGGAUCAAGGGUGGUGCUGGCAAAGGGAAAAACAUGAUGUCGAUCGGUCUUAUCGAGGAGCUUUCACGACCACGCGACGAAUCUACUAUAGUGGCUUACUCAUUUUGCCAAAGUGCCGACAAUGCGCUCAACACUCUGGAACCAAUCAUCAAGGGGUUAAUCUUACAGUUGAUCAAUCGGCAACCUGGCCUAAAGGAAUCUCUUCGUAGCCGCUGGGACACUAUCCACAACCGGUUCACUGAGGAUAUGAAUUCGUGGAUGAAUCUAUGGAAUGUUCUCAUGGAGAUGUUAGACCACUGCCAAUGCUCAAAAAUAUUCAUUAUAGUGGACGCACUUGAUGAAUGUCAAGACAACGGUAUGGCUGACUUCUUUAGACGCCUUAUACGUAAUGGACUAGAUCAGCCAGCCAAGAUUAAAUGGCUUUUGACGAGUCGACCAUUAGACAGUGCAGAGCGGGUAUUGCUUAUUGGUCAUGAUCAGGUCCAAGUUAGUCUCGAUCUAAACUCAGAAUAUGUCUCUCAAGCGGUAGAGACCUAUGUUUCUCAUAAAGUGGAUGAGCUCAGUCAUCUUCAUAGGUAUAAAAAGCCUCUGCGAACAGAAGUUGAAGCCGAGCUUACUUCAAAGGCCGAGGGGACCUUCCUAUGGGUGAGCCUGGUUUGUAAGACACUCGAAAGUGUCAGUCGAGAUGAGGUCUUGACCAUAAUUCGAAACUUGCCGCCGGGCUUACACUCUUUCUAUGAUCGGAUAUUAACCCAGAUAAGCGAAGGCGAGCCAGAUGAUGUUUAUAAGUAUAUGCGACUACUAAAGGCCAUGAUGCUGGCAUACCGACCAUUAAAAAUUGCAGGAGUUCCAAGCGUGACUGGCCUCACCAACGAAGAAGGUGCUAUUCAGAUGUUAGUUGCUCGCUGUGCUUCAUUUAUCAGAAUACAGGAACAAAACAUUGAGUUUAUUCACCAGUCUGCACGGGACUACUUAGCUGGGGAGAAUGGACAGACUAAACUUGAUUCACAUGAACACUUUGGACAUAAUGAUAUUGUUCAAGGCUGUCUAUCUUAUUUAUCUGAUUUACUUAAGGUGAAUCUUCUCGAUUUACCGCGACCUGACUCAACCAAGGAAUCAUUUGAUUUACAAGACGAUAAAGAGAAGAAGUCUCAACUUUCAUGUCUAGACUACGCGGCUACUUUCUGGGUGCAGCAUCUUCAGCACGUCGAACCAAGGAUGAUGGCGCAGGAUGGUUUGAGUGAGAAGGGUGCAGUCGGGAUGUUCCUCUAUAGAAGGAUGUUAGAAUGGUUGGAAUGCCUUAGCCUACUAGGUGGGCUACCGCAAGCCAUUGAAGGGUUAAAAGCAUUAGUGGAUCUAACAAAGGACGCUCACAUUUCAGUAUCAGCACUUGUGCAGGAUACCAUACGUUUUUUGCUACGACAUUACUAUACUAUACAUAAUUGGCUACUACAGAUUUAUAGUUCUGCUCUCAUUUUUAGCCCAGAAUCAAGUAUUUUGAAGAGGAAAAACUUGGAAAAAAUUCCAAUGCAUCUAAGAAAAGCGCCUAUGAUGGAGAAUAAUUGGGCGUCUCUGAUUAAGACCUUAGCAGGCCACACAGCUCCAGUUAUUGCUGUUGCCUUUUCACCCGAUGGUACACAGAUCGUAUCUGGUUCUAAUGAUAAAACAAUCAAGCUUUGGGAUACCGCAACGGGUGAUCUUCAGAAGACAGUAGAAGGACGCUCAGACUUGGUCAACGCUGUUGUCUUUUCACCCGAUGGUACACAGAUCGUAUCUGGUUCUAAUGAUAAAACAAUCAAGCUUUGGGAUACUGCAACGGGUGACCUUCAGAAGACACUGGAAGGACACUCAGAAUGGGUCAACGCUGUGGUAUUUUCUCCUGAUGGCACGCAGAUUGCAUCUGGCUCUGAAGACAAAACUAUCAAGCUUUGGGAUACCGCAACGAGUGACCUUCAGGAGACACUGGAAGGACACUCAGACUGGGUCAACGCUGUGGCAUUUUCACCUGAUGGCACGCAGAUCGCAUCUAGCUCUAAGGACAACACCAUCAAGCUUUGGAAUAUUUCACUACCUCAUUUGACCUCAAGAUUUCUUGGCUAUUAUCUCACUGGCGGCUUUAAACUGCAACCGCAGAGUGAAAUAAAGACAUCGAAGCCAGUAUAUAGCCUCAAAUACUCGCUAGUUAACCGGUACCUUGCCACAAAUAUUGGACUAUUCAUGAAUGAGGAUAUCACUACAGGCACACAGGAAGUGAGACACUCCUCUUUGCAAAGACUCUAUAUUAAAAAGCAGUGGAUACUCUUUGGAAAAAUGUAUUUCUUUCGGCUACCGCCCGAUUUCCAGCAAUCAUGUUAUGAUGUUCAAGGUGAUUGUGUUGCCAUUGGAUUCGACAAUGGUCGAGUUUUAAGAUUUGACAUUGAUCGACGUAUCCUGCAGUCUGUCUUAGAACAUACUUGA